CUAACCGUUGGUUGCAGCCCCCGGUCACACGACGCCAUAUAAAUAGAUUAAGGGGGCCGACGGGUUUAGCUAACGCUAAUCGCUCGACCACAAACCCUAAUCAACACUUUGAGAGGAACCAAUCCCCUAGGCGCUCGGAGUGACUGGAAUCGCUGUGACUAUGUCUCAGAUCCCCGUUAUCCCAUCGGGAUCUGAGAUUCCCCCUGCAGGCAACAUUGGAGGAGCUGAUCCACCGCCGAUCAACGACGGGAACCAAUCUCCUCGACACCAGCAGGGAGAUCGACAAGAAGGAGGAGGCGGGUCUUCGCUGCAAGACGCCGCCGCAAUGAUGGCUAGGAACAACAACGACGGUGCUCAUACCGCCAUGUUGAUUAGCCAGAUUGCUCAGAUGAAACCGCUAGAUGGUAGUAAUUACCAUUCUUGGCGGGAGGAUAUAGACAUGAUAACCACAGUGGGUGAGAUAGAUUACGCACUGAGGUUUGAUAAACCAGUUGAGCCCACAGUGGGCACUCCCAACUAUGACCACAGGUGGAUGCAAUACAGCAUCGACAAGGUCAAGUGGGAAAGAUCAAAUGACAAAUGUAUGAUUAUUCUUAAGAGGAGCAUCAAGGAGCCUCUUAAGAGUUCCAUACCAGAGUGCGAGACUGCCAAAGAAUACCUUGAGAGGGUAGCCUCUCAUCACCAAGGGUCUUCUAAGGCUUAUGCUUGCUCUCUAAUGACAGAAUUUGUCAAUGCAAAAUACGAUGGAAAUGGUGUCAGACCAUUCAUUCAGAAAAUGAUAUCCAUCGUAGCUAAGAUAAACAAGUACCUCGGGUCUCCUUUACACGAGGAAUUUGUAGUAUUUAUGAUAAUGAAGUCUCUGCCCAAGGAGUUUGAGACUUUUCACAUACAGUACAACACUUGUGUCACUGAUAAGUGGAAUAUAGACCAACUCUUGGCACAGUGUGUCCAGGAGGAAGAGAGGUUAAAGCAGACUGGAGACUCUGUCAACCUCAUCAAAGGCAACAUCCCCAGACAGAACAAGAACUCAAAGAAAAAGUUCAAGAAGCAAGGUAAACAGAAUAACCAGGCUUCCUCGAGCAAUAAUAAUCAGCCAAGACAAGGAGGCAGUUUCUCAGUUCCCCCUGAUACCUGCCUCUAUUGCAAGAAGACAGGUCAUUACAAGAGAAAGUGCCCUGAAUUCCUGCAGUAUCUACUAGAGAGUGGGACUCCGUACAAGCCAAAGGCUCCCAAAGGGCCGAAGAACAAUUAGAGUGGCAAAUGGAGUUGAAGCAGCAGUCGAGGCCAUUGGAGAUAUACAUCUUAAAUUAGUUAAUGGUUUUGUACUGUUGUUGAGAGACGUACUUUAUGUACCUUCCUUGCGAAGGAACCUUAUUUCGGUUUCUAGAUUAGAUGAUCAGCACAUUCAUUGUCAUUUUGGUGAUAGACAGUGUGUUAUUCAGUUUGAUAAUAAAGAUGUUGGUCUCGCCAUCCGACGAGAUAUGCUUUAUUUACUUUCGCAAAGUGAUGUUGUUAAUGUAUUAGAUAUACCAGAAAAUGAUCCAGCCAACAGUGGCAGGAAAAGAAAACGAAGUGAUGGAGAAACCUCGUCGAAAUUAUGGCACUAUCGUUUGGGCCAUAUUUCGAGGGGGAGAAUAGAAAGUCUUGUUAAGGAACAGAUUCUCCAUCC